AUGGUCGUAAUAGGCCAGAAGGAUGACACAGAACUCAUUGUUAGGAUGGAGAAAGUCCAACGCGGCCGAGAUUUCCGGACAGAGGUCCGAGGAAUCCUCGACGUGAAGCAUCUAAUUGAAGACGCUGUCGUGAGAAUGCAUGCCCCUCAGACGCAUAUGCACACAAUUUUAUUGAGGUUCGGAAUGAUUUUCAGCUUCUGAUUUUUCUUUUCAGUUUGUUCGCAGAACUUGCGCUACACAACCCAAGUGAGAAAUUUGACUUGACUCUCUUCAAAGCAAACAUUUUCUCCUCCAAUGAAAAGGAUAAUGAAGGUUAGCCACUUUUCACAAAAACUAAAUUAUUAAUUCAGUUUCAGCUCCCCGGCUUCAUCAGAAACUGCAAGAGUACUCUGGCAAAGACUUUUUCGGAGUUAACCAAUCGUGGAUCACUACUUUGUGAGUUCAUGGAAUCUUUUGAAGGAUUCGCUUGCAUUGAAAAACUUUCAAGAAGUGAAAACCGAAAUUCGCUUCGAAAAUAUCUGCAACGGUUAUGGAACCGCAAAAAAAUAAUUGACGAGAUAUCGAAUAUUUCGAAUCAGAUUCAUCAAUGAAAAAAUUCAGUUGCACUUUGGACGGCUUGAAAAAACGUCAUGUAGCCAUUGCAACUCUGGAAGAACCUACAAAUCUUGGCCUCGAAAUGGAAGAAACGCGGAUCGUCGUACUAAUUCUUGCUCCUAGUGUUGACGUAAUUCCAGGAAUCUUAUGAUCUGAAAAAAAUAUCGAUCGUAUCUAGAAAAGUACAAAGUCGGCAUCAGAAACUGCCCGAACUUUCGGCUCUUUGCUUUCUCGAAAUGACUUGAGGAAUGAAAUUCUGCACAGUGCGGACGACUAUCAGGUCAUUUUUCUGAUGAAAGGAAAAUAAUGGAAAAGAAAUAGGUUCGAGAUGUUUUAUUGGAGUGCGCGAAAAAGCUUUCGCAAGCCGAAGCGUCGGUUGAAACUGCUGAAAGUGAAGCAAUCAAGGUUUGGUUUUUUCUGUUCAGACUUCUAAUCGUUUACAGAAAUGUCAUUACUAUCCAGGAAAAGGCAUCAUAAAUGACUUCAAAAGACGCUGGCCACACUACAAGUCUGAUUACAUCGAUGGUAAAAAGAUGAUUAUCGAAAAAAUAACAACUUUCAUUUUAGGCAUAAAAGAUGCGAAAGCGGUUUCAAAAGUUGUCUCUACCACGUGUUUUCUGAUAUUCACAAUUUUUCCCACAACGAUUGCUUAUGGAAUGUUGAAUGAUAAAAAUACGAAUGGGAUCAUAAGUUUUUUUAACUUUCAAUUUUUUUCAAUGAAUUUUCAUUUUUGUAGAUGUACAGAAAGUGAUAUUGGGACAAUGGAUUGGCGGUUUAUUUUUUUCGCAAUUUUUUUGGUGGCCAACAGACUUUGAUUUUGACCACUUCGGCCCCUCUCAGUAUCUAUAUCUCAGGUUUCCAUUUAAUUUUAAAAAACAUUACGGUGUGCUCAGAAUCGCAUUGAGAACCUGAGUUUUCUUUUUUUUCAGUUUUGAGCGCCCUGAGAGCGGCUAAAAACAAUCAAAUUCAGCCAGCUUCAUUCAAUUCCAUCCGGUUCCAAAAACUUUUCAGUUAUUUACGCCGUUUCGAGAAGCAAUAGCUGGGUAUUCCAUGAUCUGUACGCAGCAGUCGGAAUAUAUGGACAAUUCUUUCUAAUCUUGUUUGCUGUUUUGCAAAUCGCUAACGUCAUGAAAUACACAACGAGGUAUGAAAAGAAAUGAUAAUCCUGGAUGCAAAAAAACUUUUGAGAUCAACGGAGGAGAUCUUCAGUUUGUUCAUCGCAUUCACUCUUACAACAAAAGCUCUGAAAGCAGUUUUUCAAAGUUCGGAGAAAAAAUAAAUAUUUAUUUGGUUUAAUGAUGUUUUUUACAGCCUACAGCGCAAGUUACGCCUCGUGUGAAUAUACAAAUGAAACCGUAACGUCAAAAAUUAUAGGUGAAGCCCUAAAAAAGUGUCUUGGAAAAUUCUUUUGAGAUGGCUGUGCUCCAUCUGCAGCUCUUUUGUUCAUUUUUCUCGUUUGUGGAACCGUCUGGCUCAGUAUGACUAUCAACUCUUUCCGUAGCUCUCCAUAUUUAUCAAGGUAAAAAAAAGACUGGAAUCCAAUAGCUUGUGAUGUAGGAGUAAAAGAGACAUUUUUGCGGACUACGCUCUACCGAUAGCCGUUCUGAUUAUGGCCCUGAUCUCCUACAUUUUUUUCGGCAAUGUUGACAGUAAGCUUAACCUGGCAUUAAAUUGAUUAAAUUUGUGGUUUCAGAAGAGAACUUCAACAUUUACCCGCGAUACGGUGAUGCUUUCUGGAUUCCUUUUUAUCAUCUUCCUUUCGAAGCUCAUUUAGUAGCGGUCGGUCUCGCUUUCCCGCUGGCCACUUUAUUUUUCAUGGAUCAACUUCUAGUUACUAACACCGUUGAUAAUAAACAGAACAAGUUUAGAUAACUUCCAAAAAAAUACUAUAAAAACUUAAAGGCUCAAGAAAGGAUCUGCCCAUCAUUGGGAUCUAUUUGUUGUUGGGAUUCUGAACAUUUUCCUGUCUCUUUUUGGAUUGCCGUGGAUGCAUGGAGCACUUCCAUCUUCUUAUUUGCAUCUCAAAGCUUUGGCUGAUGUCGAGGAUCGACUCCACAACGGAUAUAUUCAAACUAUGUGAGCAUUAUGUUUCCUUUAUCAUGUAGUGUGUAAAAUUUUCUCUGACUGCAAGUUAGCACUAGUAAUGACCAGACGCAAAACGGUUGCUUUGAAGUGCGCCCGACUCGUAGUGGCUUCAGCUCCGAGUUGACACAAGGUCCGAAAUGAAUUCAACUUGACCGCGAUUCUUGGAGACAUUUUUUGCGGCCCUGGUGGUCCAAAGCGGAGCAAACAAAAUCUUUGAAAUAAAACUAUAAACGUCUAAAUCAAGAAAAAAAAGAAAACGAAGAUAAACUAUUAACUUGGAUACGUAUUCAAAGACUUUAAAUUAUUGAAUUCAGAAUCGUCCGAGUGCGUGAAACACGUCUGGCAGUACUAGCGGCUCACUUAUUAAUGAUUCCCAUCUACUUCUGGGGCAUUCCCUACAUCACUGUUUUUAUACCAACCGCAAUUUUCAACGGUAAACUUCAAAAGCUUCAACUUAUGGUUGAAAUAAGUUACAGGGUUAUUCCUUUUCAUGGCUUUUAGUUCAAUGACCGGCAAUGAGUUUUGGGAGAGAAUUUUAUUAAUAUUCACUGAACAGGUUUUUCAUUUACAUCUCAAGUUUUGUUCAAGAAGUUUCCAGAGAGCUUACCCACCUACGCACUAUAUUCGGAGAGUUCCACAGAGAAUCGUUCACACUUUCACGGCCAUCGAAAUCUUCGAACUAUGCGUUUUGAUCGUUGUUGGGUUUGCUCCAUUCCAUUAUGUUGAAAUGGCGUUCCCGCUUGUUAUAGCGUCGUUCAUUCCGUUCAGGUUUGAAAAUUCAAAUUAUCACAACUAUAUAUAGAUCGUUCAAAAACGCUUGAUAAGGUUUUCAAAUCGGCUAGAACCGCCAAGUAUAUUUGACUCUGGACUUUGAAAAAGUGUUAGCGAAAGCGAUUUAAAACCACUAAAAUUAGUUCCAGAUUAUGCAAUUUUGAAGUUACUAUUCAUGACACUCCUGUUUCAGGCACUUCAUAUUACCGUUGAUCAUUCGCAAAGAAUACCUGCAAGUUAUCGAUAGUAAACAUUAGAUCAAAUAAAUUAUAAUUCUUCUUUUUUUUCAAAUUUACUACGCUAAUAAAUGUCCUGAUUUAUAUGAACACGUUCUUGCAAUUUCAAAAAAAAAACUCGGCGUAUAAGUUUAUUAACCAGUGCAACUAAAAUCGCUUUCAACGAUUCCGUAAAAAUUUCAAACCAGGUUUUUUUCUUUACCGCGCGAAAGUAACACAGAAAAAGUCACGGAAAAUGAGAAACUGAUCUUUUCAAGAUUUGAGAAUGAAAGAAGACAUAGAAGGGCCCGAGAUGACUGGAAAUGGCAUCGGCUACAUGAAUUAUGGUGUUGAUUCUAUUAUUUCGAGAUUACCGAUAUGCUAA